CGGCCCCGAGCCCACCUGGCGCCCCUGGAGCAGCGCGAAGAAGGGUGGGCGGACGGGCGGAGGCGCGUCCCGCGGGGGUCCCGGACCAACUGGCUGCUAGACAAACUUCCUGAAAGCCACAGUGGCCAGGCGGGCUUGCGUGCUGCGCAGCAGUUCGCCUCAGGCACCUCUGAAGCCCAUGUGGGCCAUCAGGGUCACCACGGAGUCCCAGUAAGACGCGGUGUGUUCCUGUAGGUGGCCGUGGCAGUCCUGGGGCGUUCCUGCGAGGCGAGGGGGGCAAGAGCGCACGACACCCCCAGCCCUGAAGAAGAUGGCUGAUGUGGACAUUGACCGCUCCUGCCUGGCCCCUGUUCAGGAAGUUUGCCGGGAUUUUGCCGUCCUGGAAGACGGUGCCUUGGCCUACUGCCUGCAAGAGCAAGAGAUUGAGCAGCAUUAUGCCUCCAACGUCCAGAAGCACCAGCUGUUCCGGAGAGACGUCCGGAUCGCCAAGAAGCUGCAGCGCCUGGAGGAACAAGCCGGCAAGCGGCCGGACCCUGAGCCACAGCAGCAGCAGCACAGCCAAGAGACGGGUUCCGCCCCGGACGGUGCUCGGAGGAAGGCUGAGGAGGGGCGCCAGGGGAAGGACCAAGCCCAGCAGGAAAUUACAGCCAAGCGAUUGCAGGACCGGGAGGAGCCCGAGAAAGGGCCGAGGCACCGGCAGAAGCAGAGGCUGAGGAGCUGGCAGGGGCCGAGAGGUGACGACACUGAGCCCCUAAACUGGGCGAUGGCAGAACUGGAGCUGCAGGGCCAGCAGCAACAGCAGCAGCUCCGGCGAGAUGAAGCCUUGGCCUGGAAGCUCCACGCGGAGGAGCAGAUGCAGCUUAGAGCCAGGAAGACGCGGCAGCGUGGCGAUGACUACAGAGCUGCCCAGGUGGCUCAGGAUGAGGAGAUCGCUCGGUACAUCCAGGACCAGGAACUGACAGCACCGUGGAGACCCCCAAGUGAGGACGUGGCAGCCCAGAGCUUCGUGGAGGCACACGGCAGCCUCUCCGAGCCAAGACAGAGACACGGCCGACAGAAGGAGGCCCGGCAGAGCUGCGCAGUGGCGUCCCCCAUCUCCGUUCAGCCGCUGGAAAGCUCCGAGGCGCCCAGAGGAGCAGCAGCAGCAGCAGCAGCAGCCAUCAAGCCGCAGCCUUGCCGGAAUAUUGCUGAAGAUCUGGACCCAACCUUUAAGGCCAAAAGGAUGGAGCCCCCUGCGGCUGACGGGCCCACCUGCUCCCAAGCUGCUGCCCCGGUACGGCCGGUUCCAGUGGACGGCUUCUUUGACUACUUGGAUGAGGUUGCAGAAUCUACUUUUGUGUCCCCGACCAAACGACAGCCAGAAAAGGUGGGCCGCCAUAAAUCUAGGGACAGAAAGGAAGGCUGCAAGCAACAGUGAGCUGGCAGGGACUCCAAGCGAGGAGGCGUUGCCCCUCGUGCCUCUUCGCCAGGGACCGUGUCUGCCCUGGGGCAGUUCCUUUGGGGGUCAAGGUUUGCUUUAUUAGGUCCUGGGAGGUUAGACCUCCGGUUAGGCAAAUAUAAACAGUUGCCGAGGCAGCCUCCACUUGCGCUUCGAAAGGUCUUUGAGGGAAACGGGUUGCCCCAGCGUGGCCCUCGUGCAUCAUAGCGGGGCAGGCAGGGACAUCGUCCCAGACUUCUCCUGCUCCCAGCGCUUUCGUCUCCUGCAUGUGCUGUCUUGAAUCCUCCGGCGGGUCCGUUGAACGCAGCUUUGCCAGGCAGCCGUUGCCAUGUGGUGAGAAGGCAGGUGCCCGUCAAGGUAGACCAUGAAGAGGGUCUGGGGCCAUGCACGAACCCUUCCAGGAACACAUGGCUUACUAUACAGCUAUCCCAGAGAAAGGAAGCAAGGAACCGCAUCAAAUGCUUUGCAAGAAUGAAAACAGAGGCGACCAAGAUGGAAAUGGGGUGAAGCCCUCGAUGUCUUCAAACAGGCUUUCCCGCAAAGGCCCAGGAGGGUCAAAGGGGUGUGUGGUGGAUUCCUGCCCCCCAACCUGCCUGCCGCUUUUACCUGAUCACGGCACAUGAUGAUACGUUGUGGAGCGACCACGUUGCGCUUUUCAGGAGAUCCUAAAAUGUGGAAUGGGAAAGCUAAGCUAAGGGAGCAAAUGAACUGGUAGCGUUUGAGAAUAUUCUAUCAAAUGCAUGGUUUUCUAAGAAAAUAUUUGCGUUAUAUGCAGGGAAAUUAAAAGCCGCCCUUGCACAGGGGCUAACCUUUCACGUAGGUGAACCUCUUUUGUUCUUCCUAGUAUUGGCUCCUACACUGUAGGAUCUUGGGCUGCAAGAUGUGCAAUUUAAAACUGGUGCUAAAUAUUUUAGGUUUUCACUUAUGUGAAAAUGUAAUUCUGUGUGUGUGUGUAUUCGCUGUGCUUGUGUCAUGAGCCGGAUCUGGUGCCAGAGAAAGCAAGCUUCAAUAAAGCUUCCUUUUGAAUUAAUAUAUCCUCGGGGGUGGGGGUGUUAAUUUUUUUUAAAAAUAAAGUCCUUAC